AUGGCAUCGGCAACAGCACUUGCAAGUUCAGUUUCAUCAACAGCUGCACGUCGACUUCACUAUCAAUCACAAAUAUCUAACACAUCAAUUUCACAUAAUCAAAAUUUUUCUAACGGUGAAACAUCAAAUCUUACUGAUUCAUUUUCUGCAUCAUCAAUAGCUAUCAAUCCAUUGGUAACAAUAGUCUAUUCAAAUACAUCAUUAUUACAAGAAAAUCAACAAUUACUUCUCAAUAGUUACGCAUCUUGUCGUCGUCUACUUGAUUAUAUGAAACAAGUUGUUGGUAUACCUCAAGAUGAAACAAUCGAUCUGAUGGACAAUGAAGGAAAAAUAAAAGAGCUGAAUAUGCACUUUGAUGACUAUGCUACACAAUUUCUUACUGCCAGAAGUACUUAUUAUGUAUUGAAAGUUGAAACUGAUAGUCAGACUGGCGAAAAGCGUUAUACGCCAAGUUUUAAUCUUGAUCAAAUCGAUCAAAAAUUGGGAACAAUAUUAACAAAUUCAUUGAAUACAUUAAAUAAAUCUGUAAGACAACCAAAACGUCCUACUGGACCAUCACGACAAAAUACAACUGUUCAAUCAUCUGCUAAUACACCACAGUCAAAAGCUAAACGAGCUUCAAGUCGUAAACAAAACUAG